AUCUCAUCGCCUCUGAUGUGGAGAAAACUGAUUCGCCGGACUCUUUGUCUCAAUUAAAGUAAACCAUAUUAGUUGAGUGAGUACACUCUAGCGUAAUUGUUACUUUUAUUUAAGUAAUUAAAAUAGCGUGUUUUUUCAGCUUUGCGCUUGCCGUAGUUGUUUAGCGCGCAGUUUGAGAGAGGAGGAAUCGAGCGCUCAGCACUGUCGUCGGUUUUUGUAUAGUAGUCGACGAUGUACAUAUAGUUAAAUAUUCUUUUUUAAGUCAAGUCACACUUUGAUUUCAAGAGCAAAACAUCUCCUUGGAAGCUCGUCGAUGCGCUGGCAAGGAUGUUAGCAGGCUAAUUUUGGGCCGAAACGCGACGACAACAGAGUGAACAUGAGGAGGAGUUGGGCUCCCAGUCAGGUCGCCAAACGAAAGCAAGCCGACAGUGAGGAUGACCAAGACUGGACGUGUGCGACGAAGAAAAAAAGAGCUAUAGGGAGCCAAGCGACGCAACCAAGUCCCGUGUCUCUGUUCAGGAGGCCCCUGACACAGCUCAGCGUUGGCCCCGCAUGCCCGGACAGCAACAAACACGAGGAGUUUAUUCGUCGGAUCCUCUCCAAGCCAUUUAAAGUUCCCAUCCCAAAUUACACAGGCCCGCUGGGCAUCCGGACGCUGGGCCUGAAGCGAGCCGGAGUGAGGCGGGCGCUUCACGACCCUUUUGCGGACGAUGCCCUGGUUCUGUUUGAGCCCGAGACGCUGAGCGCCCACGAGCUGCUCAAAAUAGACAAGGACAAAAGUCCUGUCCAUGUGGUUGUGGACCCUGUCUUAGGGAAGGUGCUCAGACCUCACCAAAGAGAGGGCGUCAGGUUCCUGUGGGACUGCGUUACGGGGCGCCGCAUCCCCGGCUCGUUCGGCUGCAUCAUGGCCGACGAGAUGGGCCUGGGCAAGACCCUGCAGUGCAUCGCGCUGGUGUGGACGCUGCUGCGCCAGAGCGCCGACGCCAAGCCUGAGAUCGACAAGGCCAUUGUGGUGUCGCCCUCCAGUCUGGUGCGCAACUGGUACAACGAGGUGUCCAAAUGGCUGGGAGCGCGUGUUGCGCCCCUGGCCAUCGACGGAGGCUCCAAGGACAACAUUGACAGACAGCUCGUGAACUUCAUCUCGCAGCGUGGGCUUCGUGCACCAACGCCGAUUCUCAUCAUCUCCUAUGAGACCUUCCGGCUGCACGCUGAGGUUCUGCACAAAGGCCAAGUGGGACUUAUCAUCUGCGAUGAGGGCCACCGGCUCAAGAACUCCGACAACCAGACGUACCAAGCCCUGAACGCCAUGCGUGCCCAGAGGAGGGUGCUGAUAUCGGGCACACCCAUCCAGAACGACCUGCUGGAGUACUUCAGCCUGGUGCACUUUGUCAACGCCGGCAUCUUGGGUACCGCUCAGGAGUUCAAGAAGCGAUUCGAGCUGCCCAUCCUGAAGGGUCGUGACGCCGACGCUAGCGAUAAAGAACGACAGGAGGGAGAGGACAAACUCAAGGAGCUCAUUGCCAUCGUCAACAGGUGUUUAAUCAGGAGAACCUCCGACAUCCUGUCCAAAUAUUUGCCUGUGAAGAUCGAGCAGGUGGUCUGCUGCAAGCUAACGCCGCUGCAGACGGCGCUCUACAAACACUUUCUGACGCAGGCCAAGCCCAUGGAGGCACUGCAGACGGGCAAGAUUAACGUCUCCUCCCUGUCGUCCAUCACCUCGCUCAAGAAACUGUGCAAUCACCCAGCUCUCAUCCAUGACAAGUGCUUGCAGGGAGAGGAAGGUUUCCAAGGCACUCUGGAUCUUUUCCCAGCCGGCUACUCCGUUAAAAGUGUGGAGCCGCAGCUGUCAGGCAAAAUGUUGGUCCUGGACUUGAUCCUGGCCGUGACAAGGACCACCACCAGCGACAAAGUAGUGCUGGUCUCCAACUACACGCAAACAUUGGACAUCUUUGAGAGGCUGUGCCACUCCAGAAGGUAUCCCUACGUACGACUGGAUGGCACCAUGUCCAUCAAGAAGAGGGCCAAGAUUGUGGAGAGAUUCAACAGUCCUGACAACCCAGAGUUCAUCUUCAUGCUGAGCAGCAAGGCGGGGGGCUGCGGUUUGAACCUGAUCGGCGCCAACCGCCUGGUGAUGUUUGAUCCCGACUGGAACCCGGCCAACGACGAGCAAGCCAUGGCGCGGGUGUGGAGGGAUGGCCAGAAGAAGACGUGCUUCAUCUACAGGCUGCUGUCGACGGGAACCAUCGAGGAGAAAAUCCUGCAACGGCAGGCGCACAAGAAGGCACUGAGCAGCUGCGUGGUGGACGAAGAACAGGACGUGGAGCGACACUUUUCGCUCGGGGAACUCCGCGAGCUCUUUGCACUCAACGGAGAGACGGCUAGUGACACGCACGACAAGUUCCGCUGUCGGCGCUGCGUCAACGGCAUCCAAGUGCGGCCGCCUGCGCCAGAGUUGGACUGCACCAGCGACCUGUCCCAGUGGCACCACUGCUGGGACAAGAAGGGCCUAAGGGACCAAGUGCUGAAGGCUUGCUGGGACGCCGCCACCAUCUCCUUCGUCUUCCACCAGCGCUCCCAUGAGGACCAAAGGGGUGUUGUUUGACUUGGAUUUAUUUCUGCUUGUACAUUUUUUUGUCAGUGUUGUUUUUUUUAUCCCCAAAUAAAAGCCCAUUUUUGUA